GGUGGGGGCGGCCAUUUUAGAGGGGCAUUUUAGUCUCGCGGUAGUUUGCCAAGGAUCGUUUGGUCUCGUUGGGUCACCGGUGGGCCGCAGGCACGGUGUGUAGUACCGGUAACUGGUUUAAUGCGGAUAAUUAUAUCCUUGUUUUAUAACUCGAGUGAGUUUUUUUAGAAAAUAGACUGUUGCGAUUCUGGAUCCGAGGUGUGAAACCUCCUGAGGGGAGUGAGGAGCUUCUGGAGUGGAGGGAGACUGCGUGAGCUUGUGUAUGAGCUAACCAUAUGAGGAUUGCAGGAGGGUGAUUGCGAGGCUGCCUAGGAGAGCUUAGCGUGGGCAUUUAUUAUCAGUGAGAGCUUCACCUGGAGGGUGGGCAGGAGCUAAAGGAAUACUCUUAAUUGGGCAAAUACUGCUGUUGCACAGGAUGGCGCAUGCCUGUGAUAGUAGCCACUGUUCUACAUACUGUUUUUAGAAUGUUUUAUUAUAUAGUUUAAUUCUAGUGUUAUACUCCCUGCUGUAGUCUCAACCUUGUGGGAGACCCAGUUCUAGUCCUAACUAGAAUUUGGUUGAUAUAACCCAAAAUACCGAUUUAACCUACUGCUGAUAUUAGUGGGGUGCCUGAAUCAACCCAAGUUACUAAUUCAAUAAUGGUUAGGUUUCCUUUUUUUUAUGGAGUAUAACCUCAGUAAGCUCUGAGUAAUUAGGAUUCACCUCAGUAUUGUAUUUGGUUUUCAAUUCUGGAUGUAUGGGUUUAAUGAGUGUGUAUAUUUAUUUUUCUAAGUUUGGGAUUUGCUUUGUGUAGGUUGUGAUUUUUUUUUUCUUUUUUUUUUUGUUAUUUUCAUCGCAGUAUAUUUAUAUGCAUGUGAGUGUAGUGUGAGGUGAUACAGCCGUACUGAGUGUGAGCCCUUGGUUGCUCGAGAUUAAAGUGGGUACAUUCCUCUUUCUUGGGGAACCACCAUUUGAUACUUGAAUAAUUUUAUUGUCUUGGAACAUUUUUUAGCUACCCUAAUAAAAUUACCUACGUUUUAUUUUAUAAUCUAAAUACUGAAUGAGUAAAAUUGUGUUUAUAGAAUUGUGUAUGGUUGUUUACCCCGUUGUGGGUUGAGAGUGUACUCUGACAUUUAAAAACAAGAAAAUAAAGAUUCCUUGUUUGCAUCAGACUCCAUGAGAAUGUACUUGUGUCCUUAACUGUUAGAGGGUGUAUGUGGGACUAAUAGAUUACGAUCAAAGGUUGAAUUGUGGGCAUUUUGGUCAAUCUUUUUUUUAUUAGGGGUCUCCCACCCGAUAUAACAAGGGAGUGGCGUAGUCAUAUUGCCUUAAAUGGUGGGUCAAGGUCACAUUUAUGGCGUAGUCGGCAGGAUGGAGUUUUGAUGCAAGAAAGGAAAAAUUAUACUUAUAGUAAGAUAUAAUCGUAUACUAAUAGUGGCUGUAGUUGUGUUGAAUUUUGGCACCCCAUGGUUUAUAUAUAAGGGAGAACAGAGAACAGUGGCUAUUAUCUGAAGACCAGCUGGGAUCCAGGACCAAACCUUCAAAGAAGAUUUUUUUUUUUUCCCUUCUUUGUUUUUCUUUUGGGGUUGGAGAAGUAAUUUGUUUUGCUGCUUAUCUUGGGACUCUGGAAAUAUACAUAUAGAUAGAUAGAUAUAACAAAAAAAAAAUAUAUAUAUAUAUAUAUAUAUAUAUAUAUUUUUUUUUGUUUUUUUCCCUUUUCCCUUUCCGCUCUCUUAAUGUCUGUAGUAGAUUCUGAUAUGGAAGAGCAGCUUAGAGUUUUGGCUGAGCGUGUACAACAGCUACAAGCUGAUAAUGAACGUUUGCGCUCCAAUGUAGGGGCUAGUGCUAGUGCUAGUGAUAAUGCUACUGAAGGGAGUGUUAAUCUUUCAGAGACACGUGGGGUAACUGAACGAUAUGUAUAUAUGCCUAGAGAGAGAAAAUGCCCUAGAUUUUCAGGGAAACCUACUGAUGUGUUAACAGUGGAGGACUGGGUUGAAGAGGUCCAUCGGUCCUUGGAGAGCCGUCACAUGUCUCAAAUCGAGCAAGCUUUGUUCAUAUAUGAUCAAUUGGACGGUGAGGCUAAAAAUGAAAUCAAAUUCCGCCCCAUUAGUGAAAGAAAUGACCCGAAGAAAAUUUUAGAUAUUUUAAAAGAAAUUUAUGGAUGUUCUCAAUCCUAUAUAGGCCUUCAGAAACAAUUUUUUCAGCGUAGACAACUAGACGGGGAAUCUUUACGUGAGUAUUCCCACGUUUUGCUGUCCCUUAUGGAAGCAAUCAAACGUAGAAGCCCCCGGUUGAUUUCAAAUGCAGACCAUCUGGUGCGUGAUCAAUUUAUUGAACACGUAAGAGAUGGUAUGCUUCGAAGGGAACUUAAGCGAUCAGUGAGACUUGACCCUAAUGUUUCUUUUUUGACUAUUCGCAGCGAAGCCAUCCGAUGGGUGGAAGAAGGCGAGCAUGUGGGCAAUCCAAGGGCCAGGGCGUAUUCUUGUGACACUCAGGUUGAAGUCAUGGGUGAGUGUAACAUGGAAAGCCAGACUGUAACACCUAAAGCUAAUACGGAACUAUCUGAAUUAAAGGAGUGCCUGAGAAAGCAGCAAGCACAGUUAGACAUGCUGAUGAACCAUCUUUCCUUGACUAGCACCCACCCUCCGCCUCAUAGGGAACCUAUGGCUAAUGCAGCUGGACAGUUUCGUUACGAUCCUACAGGGAAGCCUAUUUGUUUGCGGUGCAACCAGGUAGGACACAUUGCAAGGUUUUGUAGGGCAGGAAGGGGACCAGGUAUGGUGCCUAGAGGGGGGGACAGUCGCUCCAGUCCUAGGACGGGUGUGGUGGCCAGCAUUUCAGAGCCGCAGGGAAACUAGAACCCUCUGGUGGCGAGAGCCAAACAUCAGGUCAGGGGAAAGUGGGCUCAAGGUUAACUUCUGGGGAUGGGUCAAAGCUUAUGGGGGAGUGCCCGGUAGUAGAAGUAGUGAUGGGAGGGGUUCCGGUGUCUUGUCUGUUAGACACAGGCUCCAUGGUAACCACCGUGACAGAAAAAUUCUUUGAUGAACAUUUACAGUCUCUAUCAGGCCAACUUCAAGAGUGUCGCUGGCUUCAACUCAGAGCAGCUAAUGGGUUGGAAGUUCCUUAUUUGGGUUAUCUAGAGGUUGACAUUCAAGUCUUGGGUAGAACUUUACCAGGGAUGGGUGUCUUGGUAGUAAGGGAUCCUAGUGAUCCCCAUACUAGAGUCCAAAAGUCCAAGGUUCCAGGUUUACUAGGCAUGAAUGUGAUUAGCCCAUGUUACAGCGAAAUAUUCCAGCAGCAUGGUUCUUCCUUGUUCCAG